GGACACGUGAAGCGGCGGCGGCCGCCGCCCCCCCGCCGGAGCGGGGCCGCCCCUUGGCCGCCCGCCGCGGGAAGGGCCCAUAAAGGCGGCGGCGGCGCGGGCGCGGCGCGGAGCGGCCCCGGGAGCAGGAGGCGGCUGCGCGGCCCCAUGCACUGCAGCAGAAUGAUACAGAUCUUAGACCCAAGGCCCUUGCCAAGCACCAUCAUGCCCGUGGACAUGGCCAUGAGAAUUUGCUUAGCCCAUUCUCCACCGCUGAAGAGUUUUCUCAGCCCCCUUGAGGACUGUCAAAGAAACAACUUUGUGAACAGAUUCAAACCUCUCAGACCAUGUCUUCAUGUGAAACGCGACUCUGAAGUUCAGAACGGCGACUGGAACCACUCGGCCCGAGCCAAGAAGCGAGUUGUGUUUGCAGACUCGAAGGGGCUGUCCCUGACAGCGAUACACACCUUCUCUGAGUUCCAGGAGCACCCUGGGUGGGAUCUUCAGUUUGACCUCUUAGGCCUUGAAAACAUAACAUCUGGCUUAAAGCUACAUGAGGAGAAAAACUUGAUUCUGGGUUUCCCUCGGCCCUCAGCUGACUACCUGGACUUCAGGAACCGCCUGCAGAAGACCUUGGUCUGUCUGGAGAACUGUACCUUGCAAGAGAAAGUGCUGUCAGGCACUGUGAAAGUAAAAAACGUGAGCUUUGAGAAAAAGGUUCAGGUUCGAAUUACCUUUGAUACAUGGAAGACCUACACAGACGUUGAGUGUGUGUACAUGAACAAUGUUUACAGCGAUUCCGAAAAUGAUACCUUCUCAUUUACCAUUGACUUUCCUCCUUCCAUUUCCUCUGAAGAGAAGAUAGAGUUUUGCAUUUCUUACCAAAGUGGAGAACAUACCUUCUGGGACAAUAAUGAGGGUCAGAAUUACAAGAUUCUCCACACAGAGUGGAAACCUGAUGGUGUUCAGAUACCACCUGCCAGGAAAGACUGUGUAGAUCUUCAGACUUCAAGGAGAGGACAAGAAAGAGAGCCUGAUCAACUAGGCAGUCCGAGGCUGUCCAGUGGUCUCUUUCCCCGGUGGCAAAGCUUGGGUCAGAUUGAAAAUUCAUCACCAUAUUGGUGAUCAAUACUAGCAAGGAAGCAUUCUUCCAUUUGGCAACAGAACAGUGUUAGUUUUCUGGUUCACAUACUACACAAAACCACCAGACAGGUUUUGUUGGCUGGCUGAACAAAUCCAGAUUCACUAGUCCAUGGGACUUGUUAAACCAUAUUAUGCUACUGAAGUUCUUAGCCAGAACUUAUCCUUGGAAAGAAAGAAAACCAAGAUAAAACCCAUGUAUAUGCCAUCCACUAUAGAAAUAGCAUGGCUAUAUCUAAAGUAUAUGCUGCUUGCUUUCUGCUAUUGGCUCUCCUGAGUCAGUAUGAGAGACAUUCUUGUGAGGAAGUAUGGAAAGCAAUUUGUAUCUUAGCAAGCUGUAGUAACUGCAUGUGUGAGUGCGUGUGUGUGCACAGGAACAUUACAUGAACAGAACAUCACAAUUCACUUUGCACCCAUUAGGAGUGCAGUAGAGGUGAAGUGAUGCUGUCAGGACAGAGGCUUGCUAUGACCCUCUGUGUGCUUGUAGCAGAGGCAGGUAGGAUUUGUGGCUUCAAUACAGGUUAAACUCAGAGAGGAUAAUGGAAAAGUGGGAGAAGGGGAAGUAGUAGGAUGUGCUGUGUAACUUGGAGAUGUAGAGUGUUCUAAUUUUUUCUUUCCAAAGAUGAUCUUCCAAAUCCCAGAGAAAGUUUCAUGGGAUAAAAAGGAGAAUACAGAAAAGAGUGCAGAGAGUAUCAGAAGCAGCGACUGCUUUGGGAAGACAUUUCUGUCCUCGUUGGCUUUGUGAAUAAUGAAUGUCUUGCAUUUGAAGACAAAUCUAACCUUGACUUCUUCAUCCUACUCACUUAACAGGCAGAUGGUUACCUUUUAAUGUUAAAAGAAAGACGUGCCUUGUAAAAAAAAAAAAAAAGUAAAACCACUCUCCACACCAAAAAUAGGGUUAAAUGACAAAAGAGACUAAGUGAUUUGUAAACUUCCUAGUCCAUAGCAGCAUUAGAUGAUUUGACUCAUCACCUGGUCUAAUCUUACAGCAUCCGAUGGUUGAGUAUCCUGCUCCCUACUGCCGUUAGCAAUGAUGUUUCACAAGUGUCUACCAGAGGCAAGGUCCUUCAUAUUGAAGACAGUGAAUUGGCUGCACUUUGUGAAAGCUGUUUUCUUUAAAAGAGCAGGAUUGCUAGUUUUUUCUAGACUGAAUAUAGGCUUGCACAUAAGUAGAAAACUGCUCUGUUUUAUUGUACCUCAUUUUCUGAAGUUUUUUUUAGACUUCAGUAAACUAAUGUAUAUUUUGUAUCUGUAUGCUUAUAAUUUAGCUGAGCUGUCAAACUGUAAAGCUGAUCUGUGUUUCAUUCAAGAUUUGUGUGAGAAAUUGUCCAGUACAUACUUGGCAGGCGUGAAUACUGGCACACCUUUUAGCUGUACAGAAAUGGUGUUAACAUCAAAACCUAAAUCACAUUUUUGCCCAUUGCUAAGAAGUACAAUAUCUUGAGUCUGAAGCUACUUGCAAUGCAGCGAGAUGAUAAAUACUAAGGUGAAAUAAGCCUUCUCCACUAACUGCACUUUUUCCUUACAUAACCCUUGCUGUUAUAUGUAAAGAAGCCAUCUUAAGAAUAAAUUGUGUUUUGAUACA